AUUUUGCGUUCUUCGCUUGCGCCUCUGCCUCUCCCAGAGUCCCAGUGUCCCACUCUGCCUGCUAGUUGCUAGACUGCUAGCGUUUUAUUAACAGAAUAGCUUGGAGGGAAAAGCACAAAACUGUACGUCAUUUUUGCUUCUGAGCACCCGGCGCACCGAAGCCUAUUACCAAAUUCGACUUCUAUACUUACCUGUCUUGCCAGACUCAGCCGCUUAGCUCAUUAAAAUCGAAUGAUUUGAUGGAAUAUCCAGCUGUUGCUUCUGAAAUGCCGAGCCUACCCUGUCUUCAACAUCCCAGCAGGGUUUUCAAUAAUUCCAAGUAUAUUAACGUUACGGUUCGUGUCAAAUCCUUAUGUAGUGUUGCAAUGGGCACAAGCAAUUCAGCCUUUGUGGAUAGGCAAAGCUUAAUGAGUCAGGCUAACACUGAAAAUUUAUGGGCAAUGCCUGGAAGAAGAGUUCCUGGUUUGAAAAGGACCAAUUCAGAGUCUCACAGGGACAGUAAAGAAGAGGAGCCUGUGAAUGUGAAUAGCAAGGAGAGGAUUAAACAGUAUUCAGCAUGGCUGCAUACUUGUGCUUUCAAAGACUCUUUGAAUGAGGGAAGGGCCGUACACGGCCAUCAGGUAAGGAGUGGGGUGGACCCAGAUUCUCACUUUUGGGUUUCACUCAUUAACAUGUAUGCAAAAUGUGGUUGUCCAGCUUAUGCACGACAGGUGCUUGCUAACAUGUCUCAACAAGAUGUUGUAUCUUGGACCACAGUGAUUAACGGUUUUGUAGCUCAAGGCAAUGCCAGGGAAGGUAUAAAUUUGUUCUGUGAGAUGCGUAGGGAAGGUAUAAGGCCCAAUGAGUUCACCUUAGCCACUUGUUUGAGAGCCUGUUGUAUGUGUGCGAACAUAGAUUUUGGGAAACAGGUUAAAGCAGAAGCAAUUAAGGUUGGCUUAUUAUCUGAUUCAUUUAUUGGGUCUGCACUAAUUGACCUCUAUGCUAAAUGUGGUGAAAUAAGCCUCGCUGAUAAGAUGUUCUUUUGCAUGCCUGAGCAGAACGAAGUUUUAUGGAAUGUAUUGCUUAGUCGCCAUGCUCAAUUGGGCCAUGGCAAAGAAAUUAUUAGAUUGUUUGGAAAAAUGCUAAAAUCGGAAGUGAAGUUCAGUAAAUAUACCUUAUCCAGUGUUCUAAAGGGUUGUGAGAAUUCAGGAGACCUGAGAAAUGGCCAGAUUGCGCAUUGUUUGGCAAUCAAAAGUGGGUUUGAGCUAGAUAAUUUCUUGGCCUGCAAUCUUAUAGAUAUGUACUCAACCUGUUUGCUGGUAGGUGAUGCCCUAAGACUUUUCUCCAUGAUGGAAGAUCAUGAUGUUGUGUCCUGGAGUACUAUGAUCUCUUGCCUUGAUCAGCAAGGGCAUCACAGUGAAGCAACCAAGCUGUUUAACUUGAUGAGACGUAGGCAUGUUCAACCAAAUCAAUUUACCUUUGCGAGUGUUGUCAGUGCUUCCACUGAAAUGGGGAACUUGCAUAUUGGAGAAAGUAUCCAUGCUUGUAUUCUGAAAUAUGGGUUUGAAUCUGAUAUCUCAGUAAGUAAUGCCCUCAUCAGGAUGUACAUGAAAAAUGGCUGUGUGCAUGAUGGUGCCCGUGUCUUUGAGGCAAUGGCAGGACGAGAUCUUAUCUCUUGGAAUUCUUUGUUGUCUGGAUAUCAUGACUAUGAUUAUAGUGAAUCAGGUCCCAGAACUUUUUAUCAGAUGCUUGUGGAAGGUUUUAGACCCAAUAUGUAUUCGUUCAUCAGUGUUUUAAGAUCUUGCUCUAGCCACUUAGACUUAGGCUUUGGCAAGCAAGUUCAUGCUCAGGUUUUUAAAAACAACCUUAAUGGCAAUGACUAUGUUGUGACAGCCCUUUUGGACAUGUAUGCCAAAUGUGGGUGUAUGGAAGAAUCCUGUGUGGCUUUUAACAAGUUGGUUAGUCGAAAUGUCUUUACAUGGACAGUAAUUAUCACUGGUUUUGUCCAGAAUGACCUAGCAGAGAAGGCUAUUGAUUGCAUCAAUCUAAUGCAGAGAGAAGGAGUAAAACCCAAUGAGUUCACUCUUGCUAGUUGUAUAAGUGGUUGUUCCCGAAUUACUGCCACUGAAAGUGGAAGACAGCUUCACUCAAUGGUAAUUAAGAGUGGACAUCUGUGUGAUAUGUUUGUUUCCAGUGCCCUUGUUGAUAUGUAUGCAAAAUGUGGGCGCAUUGAAGAUGCUGAGAUUAUAUUUAAGGGCUUGGUUGGAUAUGAUACGGUAUUGUGGAACACUAUGAUAUGUGGCUUUUCUGCACAUGGUCAAGGAGAAAAGGCCCUCAAGAUCUUUGAAGAAAUGAAAGACAACAACUACUUACCUGAUGAAGUUACCUUUAUAGGUGUUCUUUCUGCUUGUAGUCACAUUGGUCUUGUUGAAGAAGGGAAACAGUACUUUGAUUGCAUGAGCAGCUUGUAUGGCAUAAGUCCUACGGAUGAGCAUUAUGCUUGUAUGGUUGAUAUUCUCAGCCGUGCUGGAAGAUUUGAUGAGGUUGAAAGCCUAGUUGAGGAGAUGAAUUUGACACAUAAUGCCUUAGUCUGGGAGACCAUUUUGGGCGCAUGCGCAAAACAUGGAAACAUUAAACUUGGUGAACGAGCAUCAGAGAAGAUCUUUGAGCUUAAACCUGAGACAGACUCAAAUUACAUAUUGCUGUCUAACAUUUUUGCUGGUAAAGAAAAGUGGACAGAGGUCAAAAAAGUGAGGGCCUUGAUGUCCAGCCAGGGUGUGAAAAAGGAACCUGGAUGUAGUUGGGUAGAGAUCAAUAAUCAAGUACAUGUCUUUGUGUCUGAUGGAGUGCAUCCAAGUAUACUGGAAAUUCAUUCGAAGUUGGAAGAGCUGGAUAGAAAACUCAGAUCAGUGGGUUAUGUCCCCCAAAUAGAACAUGUUCUUCAUAAAGUUCAUGAUGAAGAGAAACGGGAUUAUCUCAUUCAUCAUAGUGAAAAGCUGGCUCUUGCAUUUGCACUAUUGAGCACUACCCCUAAGAAACAGAUCAGGAUUUUUAAAAACCUCCGCAUCUGUGGUGACUGCCAUAAUUAUAUGAAACUUGUCUCAGACAUAACCGAUAGAGAAAUAGUUGUUCGUGAUGUUAAGCGGUUCCAUCAUUUCAAGGGUGGAUAUUGUUCUUGUCAGGACUAUUGGUGAUUUAGUUCUAGAAACAAGUCCCCCAAAUUCACAUCCAAGCACUUCUCUAUAUCUCAUAGAACCACAUGUACUCCUAUAUUUGAGAAGUCAUCCAUAAACCUCUUGGAAGGGACGUACACAGUUAUACAAGCAUUGAAGAACACUCGCCCAAACCUAAAUAAAUGGAGAGAAGUGCUUAAGCAUAAUGAUAGCCUAUUCCCAUGCUCAGAUAAAUACGGUAAUUUGUUGCACUCCACCCCCGUGUUCUCCUUGUUUAGAUUUUCUAUCAUAAUAAUCAUUGCGGACAAGUCUGCACAAAAUACUAUAUAGAUCCAUCAGUUGUCAGAGUGGGCUGCAUAUCUAUCAAGAGGAGUGCAUGAAGAUGGGCCAUGGAUCACUAGAAUGCCAACAAAUAUACUGGAAGAUGUGUCUGUUACCCUUUGGUUUCACUGUAAUAUGGUUCUUUUCAAGGAUCAUCCUCCUCAACAAUGAUGGUUCCACGUCAAGAUUACUCAGGCACGAAGUGAAAGGUGGAUCCCGUGUCGUUAAAGAAAUGCAGAACUAAUCCUUUCAAUUUAUUAAAGAUGGAUUAUGUCACAAGUAAGUAUAAUGGAUGUCCUAUAUUGAACAAGAAUCAAGACUUUAGAUAACAUUUAAUCCGAUGGCUCAGAUCAUAUUGAUUACUGCUAGUGACGCUCUGGAGAAGCUGCCGCAUUCAAAGUAGGGGAUUAUCAUGUUCAGUUGUGAAGGACCAAGUCAGAUGGGAAGAGCAAACGAAGCAAGAGGAUGCCCUGGACUAAUCCCUUCUGAACAUAGUCCUCUCCAUGUUAUUCACAUAACAACAAUGGUAUACAUAUUUUUUUUAAAAAUAAAUUGUGUCAAUCUUAUACAAAGUGACAUAGAUGUUCUGUGUUAAACUAAUAGCCUGAUCUCAAUUUUAUUUGUAGCUUCAAAUUGUCUUUUGCAAGUUUGAAAUUUGUCUUAACUGUC